AAAAAUUGCCUUAAAAAGCAAAAAUAACUUAAAAAAGAUUGAAUUAUAAUUGGUAAAAAAAAACAUUAAAAAAUGUCUAAUUUCGCGUUUUUGUGUCUCGCAACUAUAAGUUGCUGCAUGUUCUUCUUUUCAAAUACUAAAGCUGCCUCAACAUUUCCCGCUGAUAUACCACGCUGCCAUCCGGGUGAUACAGAUUGUGUGGUGCGUACCUCUUUAAAUUUAAUACGUCAACAUGCGCGCAAUGGUUAUCCGGCUGCAGCAUUUCCCACUGUUGAACCAUUCCAUUUGAAACAAUUCGAUAUCUCAGAUGGUCGUGGUGGUUCGUUAAGUUUAAAAUUAAAUUUCCGCGAUGUUGAUGUUGUGGGCCUGUCUGGUGUGAAUUUCGAUCGUGCUGUUGGUUUCGGAGCUGAUCCUUCUACCUCCAAAUUUGAAAUGUAUGGCAGCUUCCCAAAAGUCACCAUACGUGGCAAGUACACAGCCGAUGGCCGUAUUUUAAUUCUGCCCAUACGCGGUGAUGGCAAUGCUGACAUUACCCUAGAAAAUUCUAAAUUCUCGGUUAAAUUCAAGCCCUCUGUGCAUCCCAAAAAUGGUAAAACUUAUUUGAUGGUAGACAAAUUGAAAGUGUUGAUUGAACCCACAAAAAUGACCAUACAAUUGACCAACUUAUUUAAUGGCGAUCAGGCUUUGGGCGCUCAUAUGAAUCAAUUUUUGAAUGAAAACUGGUUCGAUGUUUGGUCCGAAUUGCAGCCCUCUGUCCACGUGGCCAUUUCCGAGGUCAUGAAAAGUAUAUUGACGCCCAUUUUCAAGAAGUUCGCUUAUGAAGACUUGUAUGAGAAUUAAAUUUUAUAUUAAAAAUUUUGUUUAACUUUAAGCUUGUGGAAAAAAAACUGUGAAUUUGUUUUUAAGUUAACAUUUGUGUGGUUUAUUAGUUUUUAAAUGAUUUUCAUUAUUAUUAUUAUUUUUUUUGUUAAUUUUAAGCGACAAUUUAUAAUUUCCGUAUUUGCAAAAAAAAAAUUAUCAAAAUACGGAAAUUUGUUUAUACUCAUUUAUAAAUAACUCAUAAUUAUCAUACCACAAUUAUAUAAUUAUAAUAUUAGUAUUUUUUUUUUUAGUUUUUUAUACAUUAAUAUUAAAAACCAUCUGUUGAAUAAUAAAAAUAUUGAAUACGAAAAGAAAAAGAAAUAAAUGGUUAUCGUUUAACAUAUUCAAACAAAUCAAUUUAAUAUAA